ACAUUUUAUUAAUAAAAUUUUGUGACAAUUAAGUAUAUUUAAAAAUCUUUUUGAUCAAAUAUCGAACAUGUUGAUGAUCAGCUGUUAGGAGUUUUUGUUUAUGCAACAGGCAUGCACAUGUGUGUGUUAAGUCAAUCAAGCCGCCAAAAUGUACCGCUACUUGUUAAACAUCUCAUAUAUAGGUACAAAUUUCCGUGGUAUACAGAAAACGAUUAAUAAAGCUGCGGAAUCCCAAGUGGAUACAAAAACUAUACAAGGCUGCAUUGAAUUGGUUUGUCGGGCGUUGCAUCCCAAAAACGAAAUCCAAACCGUGCUUUCAAGUCGCACUGACGCUGGUGUGCAUGCAUUACAUUCAACGCUUCACAUAGACUUGGAGCGUCAUAAUGCGGAACCCUAUGAACCUGCUAACAUCACCAGCAUUUUAAACCGUAUGCUUCUUAAAAAUGCAUUGCCAAUACGAGUAUUGAGCACCCAACAAGUUCCGAACACUUUCCACAGUCGCUAUCAUGCACGUGGACGCACAUACUUGUAUCGUUUUGCAGUGGCCAAAAAUGGUAUUACUGAUACCGAUCGUCCAAAAAAUGAAAACUUUAAAGCUUUCAUACCGGUGGAAGAACUAGACCGUUGUCUUUUUUUACAAAACGGUAGAUUUGAUAUAGAACGAUUGCGUGAGGUGACACGAAUGUUUCUUGGUUUACACGAUUUUCGCACUUUUAUGAGUGUCAGUCGUCAACAAAGCCCUACACGUGAUCAUCCUAGAUACACAGUACGCACAAUCGAUGAAAUAAUUGUGAAACCUGGAAAGUCUAGUGCGAUCGGCGCAAAUGCUGAACUGGCAGAGAAUAUAUACGAUUAUUGGGAAAUUGAGUUUAAAGCUAAAGCAUUUCUGUACAAACAAGUGCGACGCAUUGUUGGCACAUUGAUAUCGGUUGCUACCGGGCACAUCGAUGAACAAUGUGUAUAUCAAAUGCUAACGAUCCCAUCGAAAAACUCUUGGGACCAUCGCAUAUUGCUCUCACCACCAUUUGGUCUCUAUCUUUGUCGUGUGCACUACGAUGAAAAAGAUUUAAAGCUGCCUAAUAUAGUCAAUGAAAAUGAGUUUCCUACAGCAGCUGAAAACUAAACGCAUGGCUUUAAAAUCCACCAAAACCAUUGUAACCACAACAAGUGGCAAACGUUUUAUCGAAGCAAAUACAACUACCUCAACACCUAUACAACAUCUAAAAGAACAGUCUUAUGGUUUUGUAGUUGAUACAAAACCAGAUACCAUACCAGCAUGUAUUCUAGCCGAUUUCCUCUAUUUGGGCUCACAAGAUGCUGUUAAUAGUGAAAAUAUAAGUGCAUAUAAACUAACACAUAUUUUAAGCGUUGGUAUUGAGACACCACGCUUAGUUGGUGACAAAGUGCAGACCAAAUUUUUGCCAUGUCUCGAUUUGCCCGAAACGGUACUUCUAGAGCGUGUCAUUCCAGCGGCAAAUCAAUUCAUCAACGACGCAGAAUCGUCGCGCGGUCGUGUGCUAGUGCAUUGUAAUGCUGGUGUUUCGCGCGCGGCCAGCAUUGUUAUUGCUUAUUUAAUAUUAGUGCGUGGUAUGCUGUUUGACGAUGCCUAUGCGUUAGUAAAGUCAAAACGCGAAUGUAUACAACCAAAUGUAGGAUUUAUUAAGCAGUUAAAGAAACUAAAAUUAGACGAAGUGUAGUUCUAUGUAAGUAAUUUUAUCUAAUAACGGUAGUGUAGUGGUAGUUUAGUAAGUAGAUUAGUAGUCAUAUUUGGAAUCUAAUUGAAUUGAAAUUGUGUAAUUAUUUAAGGUAUUCUCUUGCAUAUUUCAAAAGCUGGAAGCUAGAUAGACUGAGUCGAUUGUGUAUUGCUCAAAAGAGUGAAGACUGCGCGAGCCUUAACUCGUAUGAAUAUAUAUUUUCCUUUCUAUUUUAUGUAAGAGUUAGUUGCCUGUGCUUGUAGCGCUGUCUUUAGAGCAUAUUGAACCUUCCUUUAACCCAGGCUAUAGUUCUAAAUUUUAAGAGAUAACUGUACUCUAAGCAUGGCAAUAUAGAAGAAACACGUUGCACCUAGUAAAAGGGAGGUCGUUCUUCUUCUGUAGACACUUAUGUUUACUAGUUUAUCUCGAGAUCGCAUUUUUGACGCUUAGUUAGUAUUUUCAUAUUUAAGGUUUGGUCGCUAACGCUCCACUUCACUUCCCCUACUCUCCUCGUGAAUUUAUUAAAUGUUAAAAAAAAAUACGAAGGCAACGCUUCGAAACACGUCUAUGAUAUCGUGACGGAUGAUAGAUCGUGGAUUUACGCGCCGGAAAGUCAACAGUAGUCGACUGUAUGGGUGUUUCCAGAUGAAACAAAUCCACCAAAAGUUGGUCGCGUACGAAGCACUUCCAAGCAAAUGGUUCACUGAUUUUUUUUUUUUUUAAAGUCUACCCCCCAUACACUAUUCGCCAUUCCACCGUAUAUGUCAUGAUUUUAAUUCUCAUUCCUGCACAUUUGACUUAUCUGACUCACAUUUCAAAAUUAAAAGGACUUUAUUACCCUCGCGUCGGUUGGGCGGGAAGAGGGUAAUCGUUGGGUUAUUAUUAUAAGAACAGUAAAUUCUGAGGGAUACACAACCAUUUGUUUGACAGUUGUAUUUCAGGAAAUCAGGAAAGCCGAAGAAUGAUAACUUUUCACCAAGACAAUGUGAACUUUCACACAUCGACUGAAACAACUGCAUUUUGAGCACUCAAAACAUCGAUUUGAUGAGCCAUCCGAAUGGCUUCUUUCUAUUCCCGUACCUAAAAAAUAAACUAAGCGGUCAACGUUUUUCGACACCUGAAGAGGCGGUUAAUGGGUCCAGAACGCAGGUUUUGACGAUACCUCAAUAGUCAUAGUAGCAAAAGGCUUUGAAAAUUGCUUUAAACUUAUGCAAAAUAGUAUAGAUCUUAAUGAAGAAUUUUUUGAAAAACAAUAAAGCGAAUUUCAAAGAUUAA